AUGGUAGCAGGAGGCAGUCAAAUUACGAUAAAAUUUAUACCUGAACAUGUCGCGUUCAUCUGGACCAUCGACUGGGAAACAAAGAUCAUCAGUGGGGAGGCCAUUCAUGAUCUUAGGGUAAAGGUUGAUGGGGUGACGGAAGUAAUCUUCGACACGGCUGAUCUGGAUAUCAGUUCAGUUUCCGUGCAAGGCGAGCCGGUUAUCUACGAUGUCAAAGAAAAGCAUCCUGUCAUGGGCUCUGCUCUUCACGUCCCUCUCGGCGGUGGAUUCGAAGCUGGAUCAACAGUCAAGGUUUCAGUGCUAUACAGGACAACCCAGGACUGCUAUCGCACUCCAGUGGCUGGACAAGGAGGAAAACAGUUUCCGUACCUCUUCAGUCAAUGCCAGGCUAUCUAUAUGCGGACUCUUGCGCCUGUUCAAGAUACCCCGUCGGUUAAGAUUACAUACACAGCCAAAGUUACAUCUGUUCUUCCGGUCCUUCUCUCUGCCAUUCGACAAUCACCGCCCUCGGACGGCCCUGCACAUGGAGGAAAGACAGUAGGGAAGGACCUUGUUGAAUACAGUUACCACCAGCCCGUACCCAUACCGUCGUACCUGAUCGCCAUCGCAUCCGGAAAUGUCGUCUAUCGACCCUUCCCCAAGUAUGAAGACAGGGACUGGACUAGCGGUGUUUGGGCAGAGCCAGAGAUGAUUGAGGCUGCUUAUUGGGAGUUUUCUGAAGAUACAGGCAGGUUUUUGCGAGCGGAAGAAGAUAUCGUCACGUCGUACAGAUUCGGCGUAUACGAUCUCCUUGUCCUCCCCCCUUCCUUCCCUUAUGGUGGCAUGGUGAGUUCCCAUUUGAUUGUUUGUCCCGUCCGUCUUACUUGGCACUCACAGGAAAACGCUUGCCUUACUUUUUUGACGCCCACACUCCUAACUGGCGACCGGACCCUCGUCGACGUCGUUGCUCAUGAGCUCACCCAUUCUUUCUUUGGUAAUGGCGUGACCCAUGCUCAUGCCACUCACUUUUGGCUCAACGAAGGCUGGACGACCUACAUGGAGCGGCUACUUUUGCAGGUUAUCCACUCUCCAGCCGACAGAGGGUUUUCCUUCCUUAUUGGAUACAAGGGCCUCGUCGAUGAUCUGGAGUUGUAUGCGGACCGACCCAAAUACCAGCGAUUGGUCAUCGAGUUUGAAAAGGGUGAAGAUCCGGACGAUGCCUAUAGCAAGGUUCCUUACGAAAAGGGCGCCAAUCUGAUACUUCACCUUGAGCGGACUAUUGGGGGCCUUGAUGUUUUCCUUCCUUACGUUAGCGACUACGUCAACACGUUUAUGGGCAAGAGCAUCACUACUGAUGAGUGGAAAGCACACCUAUAUGCUCACUAUGAGAAGCACGGCGAUCCAGAGAAGAUUAAAGCGCUGGAUAGUAUUGAUUGGAAUGCAUGGUUCUACGGUGAAGGCACUUCUCUGCCUGUAGUCAUGGAAUACGACACCUCCCUGGCGACGAAGGCGUAUUCCCUAGCGGAACGGUGGGAUGCCUCACGAGCUAUUGAAGUUUCGAAGCUCAGCUUCAAGUCCGAUGAUCUCAACGGCUUCAACUCCAAUCAAACAGCGGUAUUCCUGGAGCGCCUCCAAUCAUACCCUCCCUUCCCCUCUGACCUCCUCACACAUCUCGGAUCGCUCUACACCCUCUCAACAACUCACAAUGCUGAGAUCCGUUCGCGAUUUUACCUACUCGCUCUGAAGGAUGUUUCAUCGCCAGCGACACGCGGUUUUGCUGCCUCGGCGGCAAAUUGGGUCAUCGGUGAAGAGACGGGUGCGGUGGUGGGAAGGAUGAAGUUCUGCCGGGAUAUCUUCCGAGCUGUGUCCAAGGUUGACAAGGAUAUAGCUCUGAAGGCGUUUGAGAAGGAGAAGAUGUCGUUCCAUCCUAUUGCGAGGAAAAUGAUUGAGAAGGAUCUUGGUCUUGUUUGAGAAGGUCGUGGUCGAUAUGUAUAAUGUACAACGGAAGAAUCUUCGGAAUGAUGAAUAUCAUAAAUCGGGGCUUACCACUUGACCUCGCUGUUUCGAUUAAUUGAGGUUUCUUCAAAUUCGAGUUGUUCGUUCUUUACGUUGGGUUCGUAUCAAGCUAAGCUGGUGAGGCAGUAUUGGCGUCGUGUUUGUAUCCGUUUUGUACAUCCCCCGAUGUCCGCCGCCUUCGAGCUUUCCAUCAAUGUUUUCAUUCGCAGAACGCUUGAAACUUACCACCCCUCUUCUUAGAAAGUACAGGUCUCUUUUGGAGGAGGCCGAAAACCCUCUGGAGCGCGAUUUAAUGAUUGUGCAGCUCGAUGAAGAGGCAGGCUGUCC